AUGAACGAAAUAAAUUUAUUAAACUCUGACACCAUCUUGCUUAUUACUCAAGAGGUUAUGAAAUACUCUAGAUUGAAGAAAUUGAACAAAAAGAAAAUGGAUUAAAACGUUUCUGGAAGUAUUAAUGAUAAUGUUUAAAGUAAAAUCAUAGCAUACAUUCCAAACUGCAUUAAAAAACCUAUAAAAGACUAUUUCAAACUUAGCAGGGAAGUUAAAUCCAAAAGCUAAAAGAAUGAAUUACUAGAGUUAAGAACAAAGAUAAAUUAGCUACCGAGACCAUUACAUAAUAUAAUCUUAUCUGAUAUUGACUACCUCCUUGAUAACUUUAAAUAAUCCUUAAAUGAAAUAAUAGCUUUCUAUAAUAACAUCGAUUAGUUAGAAAAUUGGAUGAAUGAAGAAGUAAGUAAGUCAUAAGAUGCAUUUGAAGUUAACAUUGUUCUAAAGACUAAAUCCAUUUACAGCUUCUUCAAGCUAAUGUCUCUCUAUAUGAUUUGCAAUCAGAUGAUGAUUUAUAAAAAAUAAAUGGUUACUUUUGAAGAAGAACACUACUAAACCGCUUUAUAAUACAUAGAAUAGGAAGUAACUGAUAUAAACCUAACAUUGAAACUUGGUUAUCAAAAUAUCAGACCCUCUGCCAAACAUGAUAAGCAUCUUCUAUAAGAAGCUGAGGAAAAAAUAAGCAAGUUAUAAAAUGAAAAGAAACAUAAAAAUAUUUACUUCACCAUCAACAAAUUCAUUAUGAGAGAGAAAUUCAAGAAAAUCUUCAAUCUCAAAUUAGAAGCUUUAUAAAACUUGGAUUAAAAUGAACUUCAGUUAACAUUUAAUUUGAAAUAUCAAGAAUUUUGCAAAAUUAAGAAAGAUAAAGUAGUUAGAACUCAUUAAGUAAACAGAUAUUUGAAUGACUUGUGCCUGAUGAUCACUAAAAUAUGUUAAGUUUUUCCAAUAUAAAAUAAAGAAUUAAUAUUAUGA